CAGGCCUCCUCGGGCUGCGUGUCCCCGCCGAGGGCCAACGGGAUCGCGGGGCCGUGUGCCCAGGGUCUGGGUGGCCGCGGUCGUCCCCGGCCAAGGAGGCGAGGCAGCAGCUGGAGCCUCAGUGCCUGAACUCCCUCCAGGAAAACAGUCGGUGGAAAGUUUGGUGGUCUCCGGCGCCGCCUGGUGGCCCCCCACCCAGCGUCCCCUCCCCCGCUCGGCGUCUGGAUUCCACCCCCGCGGCCCGGACCCAGUUGCUCUACCCGUCGCCCUGUCGUUUCCCCAACUCCCCCAGCGCCCUGUACUCUCCUGUCCCACAUCCUCCUUUUCACCUUUUCCGUCUGCCUGUUCUACCCUCUUGUCUCAUCCUUUUCUUGCUUAACUCUUCACUCUCCUACUUUCCCCUCUUCUUUUUUCCUCCCGCUCCAUCUUCCACAUCUACUUGUAGACUCCCUUGCCUACUACCAUCCCUCCAUCUUUAGGGGUUUUAUGCCCUUCCUCGGAGCUGUGUGUUUUGUCCUUCAUUCCUUGCCCUCAUCUGACUCCUCUUUGCUCACUUAUUCCUCUGGGCCUAUCUGCUUUCAUGGCCCUCUCUUUGGAUUGAGUGGGUGGGGCCUGGAGUCUGCUUUGCAUAAAUCCUCUAGUACUGGGGAAGUGGGGAAGGUGGAAGAAAUUGUGAAGAGAUUUAUGCAAGACUGAGUAAGGAUGAAUGGCUCCACCAGCACUUACCAUCUCUUCCUGGCACACGAUGCCUUGUUCUCAGGGGCCUAGCAUGUUGUCAGGUCCUGGAAGAAGGAAUGGAAUUGGAAGAAAGAAGAUUCACUCCAGAGACAGAGUAGCUUCCCCUUCCUGUUGUAGUUGUCUCCUCUGGGAGUAUAAACUUUCUGCUUUCAGGUUCUGCAGCAUUCCAGAUCACGAACACCAAAUCAGGAUGGGAAAAAGACGUUGUGUUCCUCCCCUUGAGCCCAAGUUGGCAGCAGGCUGUUGUGGUGUCAAGAAGCCCAAACUAUCUGGAAGUGGAACACACAGUCACGGGAACCAGUCCACAACUGUUCCUGGCUCUAGUUCAGGACCUCUUCAAAACCACCAGCAUGUGGACAGCAGCAGUGGUCGGGAAAAUGUAUCGGACUUAACUCUGGGACCUGGAAACUCACCUAUCACACGAAUGAAUCCUGCAUCUGGAGCCCUGAGCCCUCUCCCUCGGCCCAAUGGAACUGCCAAUACCACUAAGAAUCUGGUGGUGACUGCAGAAAUGUGCUGCUACUGCUUUGAUGUACUCUACUGUCACCUCUAUGGCUUCCCACAGCCACGACUUCCUAGAUUCACCAAUGACCCCUAUCCUCUCUUUGUGACCUGGAAGACAGGGCGAGACAAGCGGCUUCGUGGCUGCAUUGGGACCUUCUCAGCCAUGAAUCUUCAUUCAGGACUCAGGGAAUACACGUUAACCAGUGCACUUAAGGACAGCCGAUUCCCCCCCCUGACCCGAGAGGAGCUGCCCAAACUUUUCUGUUCUGUCUCCCUCCUUACUAACUUUGAAGAUGCCAGUGAUUACCUGGACUGGGAGGUAGGGGUCCACGGGAUUCGAAUUGAAUUCAUCAAUGAAAAGGGCAUCAAACGCACAGCCACAUAUUUACCUGAGGUUGCUAAGGAACAAGACUGGGAUCAGAUCCAGACAAUAGACUCCUUGCUCAGGAAAGGUGGCUUUAAGGCUCCAAUUACCAGUGAAUUCAGAAAAUCAAUCAAACUCACCAGGUAUCGAAGUGAGAAGGUGACAAUCAGUUAUGCAGAGUAUAUUGCUUCUCGACAACACUGUUUCCAGAAUGGCACUCUUCAUGCCCCGCCCCUCUACAAUCAUUACUCCUGACACACGGCUACAUGACCAGUCCCACCCCCCUGUGGCCACCAAUGGCUAUGACAUCAUUGGAGCAGACGCCUCCUCUUCCUGGUCCAGUUACUUCUAUUACUGCACCAUUUUAUGAUGCUAGCUUCCGUUGCCAAGUCUGCCUCCUGCUGACUGGAGGGUGUGGGGUUACACUGAACGCAAGAGAACACGAGGGGCCCAAGCCUUAGAUCAGCCUUUCCUCAGUCUGGGGUUCUGUUGGAUCAGGGCUCCCUAAUAACCAGUGAGAACGGCUGUGUGGGUCCAGAAGACCGCUGUCUGGUGAGUUCCCACGUGUGGUGGCCGCACACUGAAAACUGGAACUGGUGAUCCAUGGAGGCUUCCUCCGCAAUCCCCCACAGCCCACCAGACCAAUUAGGUGUACUCCUCUGGCAGUCUGGGCAACGGAGACCAACAUGAACCACUUAUAGGUUUUAAAUUCCUUUUUUUAAACUUCCAGUUUAUUGUGUACCAAGAGUUGAUCACAACCUCCAUGCUUCAUAAACGAACACCAUGUUAGGGUUGAAUCUGGGUGCCAUGAGCCCCUGUGAGUCCUGGACAGGAGAACUGCACCAAGAUCAGAAGUUCUGUUGGAUGGCUUUGCAUUGUGCAGUAAGCUGUGGAGGUUUUCAUGCUCACCUGGCUCUCAGCUGGACUUUCUGGUACUCUUCCUGCAUUGAAUCUCCUGGUGUUGAACAGAGCUCUGUGGCAUAGCCUGCUGAGGAGCGGAAUGGAGAUGCCCAUAGAGGUCCUGAUGUCAUCGUCAUAAGCAGGUGUGAAAGGAGCGAUCUCUUCCUCACCACCGGCUACCUCAGCCUCUUCUGGUAGCAGUGCCUAUGUAGCUGCAUCUAGGUUCUCAGAAGCACAGACAUGCAAACAGGUGGGUGGGUUGGGCUUUAGGACAUACUGUUACAGGAGAGUUUCCAGGGUCUCUGAGCUGGUUUUCUUCACAGGCAAACAUCCUGAGGAACCUUUAAGUAGGGGGGUUCUUUUUUCUGAUUUGCCUGCAGAAGUGGGAAGACUUGAUAUUAUCAGUCCUCAGUAGGACUCUAGAACAAAGCUGUGUAAUAAAACAUGUGAACCUUUAA